CUCACUUUACCUCAAUUCCUACUUUUACUUCUCCUCAUACCUCUCUAACCCAACCAUGUGAUUUGCUGCUGGCUAUUUGGUAAGCUCCCUUCUCUUACUCUAUAGUAAUCACUAUAGUAACCAAGAAACAGUAGAAUGGAGGAUAACAGCUCAGAGUUCAACCUAGGCACAGACUCUACCGGUUCAAGUUCAAGUUCAAGUUCUCCACAAUGUCUGCACACCCCCGAUCCUUCCCCAAUUUGCCGUGGUCACAAUCUACAAGAACACCAACCUUUGCUCAACCGGAGACACCAAUUCGCCAAAGCCAGAGACUUCAGCUCCAAGCCCCCCAACACACAACCAGAGAAGAGGAAGAAGAAGAAAGGCCCAAUCCCUUCAUUCUUUCCUAGUCAAAAGUUUGGUCCAAAAGAAGCACCCAAGAUGCCUUCCGCUCAAAAAGCCCCACAGAAAGCACCCACAAACACUGCGGCCAAUGCACCACUCAAGCCAAAGUGUCGCUGGAAGCCUGGAGUCGUUGCACUUCGUCAGAUCAAGAGAUACCAAAAAUCGACGGAGCCCCUCAUCCCACGUGCGCCUUUCAUCCAACUUAUCCGUGAAAUCAUGGUUGACCUCAAGGUGGAUUUUUGACUCCAAUCAUCUGCAGUCUCUGCGCUACAGGAAGCAGCCGAGACGACACUGGUCAAGGAGUUCUGUAGUAUAUGGUGAAAUUGUAGAUAUUUUCAAGCUACCUAUCACGUGCCUCAUACACGUGAUCGUGGUCGGUCUGCCAGGAACGGUUUGGUCUGGAAAUAUUUCGAACCGACGGUCCCCCAUGACGCACACUAGAAUACAAACAUACUACAGGAGGCUCUGACUCCAUCUCAGUCACUGGCCCGUAUUGCUAUGCAUUUCUCCGACGUUGAAUUUGCGUGACUGUGAAGGUGUCUGAGAUGUGUGAGGAUGCCCUUCUAAAUAUCCCGGUAGAGCUCGCCCGAUGCCCGAGCUCUUUCAGCCGACGGUGACAGUUGUCGCCUGAUGCUGAGGGAAGUGCGGAGAAUAAGCUCCAGGGUCCACAAUUAACACACAGGG